AUGAUGAAUCCGCGGCAGUCCUAUGCGCCGCUGCCUCCGAGCUAUGUGCCGAACACGUCGCUUUCGGCCACGAUUAAUCUCGACGAGGAGGUCAAGCUUACGGAGACGCGGGCCGAGCGCGACCUGCAGGAGUCGCUGGCGGAGAUCUUCAGCAUCAUCGUGACGAUUGACGAGCUGGAAAAGGCGUUUUUCAAGGAUGCCGUGCCUGAGUCGGACUACACCGAGAUCUGUGAGCGGUCGCUCAAGCAGUACAGCUCCAUUCUCAAAGACGACGCUGUGCUGCGUGCCUUUGGCGAUCUGGACCGGUUCAAGCAGGAGUGGGAUCUCGAGGUGCCCCGUGCCACCGAGCGCAUCCGUGUCGGCAUUCCGUCGACGGCCCUGACGACGUCCUCGAACGGCAACGGCACUGGUGGAAGCGGCAGUGGUGGUCUGGGAGGUGGAGGCGGCAAUAUGAAUAACGGAGGCAAUGGUGGCACUGGAGGUGGUGGUGGUGGCGGUGGCAACAGCAAGAACACGGGCACGACGAGCGGAGCGCUGAUCCUGGAGGCUACGCAGGACUUUAUCACCUUUCUGGACGCGCUGCGGCUCGGCCUGCUGGCAAAGGACCAGCUGCACCCACUGCUGACCGACGUGAUCCAUGCGGUCAACAAGGUGACGGACCGCGACUUUGAGAGCCGCGGCAAGAUUGUCCAGUGGCUCAUCACGCUCAACCAGAUGAAGGCUACCGACGUCUUGGCCGAGGAUCAGGCCCGCGAGCUGGAGCUGGACAUCAACUCGGCCUACCAGGGCUUCAAGAGCACCUUAUCAUAG